AUGGCAGACACAGUCGAAACAGCGGUCUGCGUGUGUGGUUCAGAAAAUGUAAGUCUAUUUUGUAAUGACUGUGAAUGUUUCUCCUGUCCAAAUUGUUUAGUUGAUAAUCACAAAAAGCAUGACUUCGCCAAAAUCCAUGACGUGGGAAAAUCCAAACGUACACAACUCAACGAAAUCGUAAUGGAAGGGAAGGAUUCUUUGGUAUCUCUGCUGCAAUCAAACCUCGUUUUCAUACAGGAAAACAUUCAACUGGAGGCAAAAACACACGACAUAGUUUUGGGACAGAUCUGUAACAGAGCUUCCUUCCUGGAGAAGGAGGUGACCAGUAUGAAGGAAAGCUACACACAAGAUUUACGGGAUUUUUCAGAAGGACGACAGCACUAUCUGAAUGGUUUCAAAUCUUUAUUGUCUGAAGUACUUCAUGCUGUUCAGGAAUAUCCACCAGUGGAGGAUUCAGACCAGAGUGAGGCUAGAAAUGUGCACGUGAUUAUGUUGGAGAUGAAACUACAGAGGGCGCUGUCGAUGAUUGCACAAGUAUCAAAAUGGCCUACAACACCGUGUGUGGAGUUAGCCUAUAACGACACAGAACUGUCUCCUGAUAAAGACAUAUCCGCACUAAAAACACUGUUUGGCUCAAUCAAACAAAAAGUAUGUCAGGACAUGAACGAUUGUUGUAAGACGGAAGCUGUAACCAGCAAUGCUAUUGCGUUUUCUGAAAAAAAUAGCGGAAAACAUGUCGCAUGUGUGUCUGUUGUAGAUGUAGAGGAUGCCGUGUGCAUUGAUGAAAUGUUUCCUGUUUCAUGUUCCGAUGACGUUUUUGUAAAAAGUGGGAAAUCUUUCUAUAGGACAAAUCCAAACAAGUUUAAGUUAUUUAUGUCGGAUAUUAAAGACGUUGCCAUGACAAAGGAUGGGACAGCUCUCGUUAUCAAAAACGAUGAUACGUGUGUACACCAGGUGCUUUCUGAUGGAGCUUCUCGGGUGUUUGCGAACAUGUGUCCUUGUCAACCCCAUCACGUUUUCGUUUCGAGUACAGGAAACGUACUUGUUGUUAUGCAGGAAGAGGGACAUCAUCCGGUUAUUCUUGGAGAAUUCAAUAAGUACGGAAUGAAGGUCAAUGAAAAACGAGUUGAGGACAUUGAUCUGUCCUUCGUUCGCUUCCGUAAAGAUAUAUUCGGACAUUUAUAUUACAUCAAAAUGUCUUAUUUCCCGCUAAUGGAAAGUGUCCACGUGUUUAAUGAAAACAAUUCCGAUCAAGAACGCUUCCGAAUCACGGGAAUCUUCGGUUAUGACCCGUCGUCUGCUUGCAGACCUAUCGACGCAUGUUUUGAUGACGAAGGCAGAAUCGUCGUUGUUGACCACAAAAACAAUUCAAUUUACCUCCAAGAUAAGGAAGGUGGAUUGGUACAGAUGUUAGUUGCACCACAACAACAUCUGCUGACGUCACCAAGGUCAGUGUUAUUCGUCAAAGAUCAACUGUGGGUUGCAUGUGACGACAGAAAAAUUUACAUAUUUGAUUACAAACAACUCAUUAUGGAUAGACAAAAAGAAGCAGGUGAAUUGGUUUCCGAAAAGUGA